UCUGGAAAGGAUCUGACUUGGGAAAGUGUUCGGUGCUUGGAGUGUGUUACUGACAUGGCAUGAGCCAAGGGAACUUUGUUGGGGGGGGCAAGGGAAACAUUUUCCUCCAGAUAUUUUCAUCUCUAUCAUCUAAGCAGAGUGGAAAUGUACCCAAAGUUCAUCAUCCUGUUUCCUGUAUUGUUGCCAUUGGUACUUGGCUCUAGCAGGAUUCAAGAUCAGAAGGAUGAAGACAGCAAUGAGUUUCCAGAAAAUUCAUCAGAAAUGUUCAACCCAGAACGCAACUCCUUGGCUCCAGAUUGCCCUAAAAAAUGUAGCUGCUUUCAGGAAGGAAUUGUGGAUUGUGGAGGGUUUUCUCUGAAAGAAUUUCCCAUUGAUAUUCCAGAACUGACCAGCCACCUUUCCUUGCAGAACAACCAGAUCGAAGAAAUUUUUCCAGAAGAACUUGCACGUCUUUACAAUCUUGAAACUCUCAACUUACAAAACAACAGGCUCAUGUCCAAAGGACUUCCAGAGGAGGCAUUUGAACAACUUGAAAAUCUGAAUUAUCUGUACCUUGCAAAUAAUCAGCUCACAGUGGCUCCAAAAUUCCUCCCAGGUACUUUGAUCAGCGCAGAUUUUGCUGCCAAUAAUCUCACUAAGAUUUAUGAGCUCACAUUUGGACAUAAGCCAAACCUAAGGUCAGUAUACCUCCAUAACAACAAACUUGAAGAUUCUGGGUUACCAGAAAGUAUGUUUAAUGGAUCUAGUAAUGUGGAAGUACUGAUCAUGUCUAGCAAUUUCCUAAAAUACGUUCCAAAGAAUCUGCCUCAAGCCCUAUAUAAGCUACACCUGAAGAACAAUAAAUUGGAGAAAAUUCCCAAAGGAGCCUUCAGUGAACUUUCAGGACUUCGAGAACUGUACCUGCAGAAUAACAAACUGACAAAUGAAGGAAUGGACAAUGAAACCUUCUGGAAACUUUCAAGCCUUGAGUACCUGGAUUUGUCAAGCAAUAAUCUUUCCCACAUACCAAGUGGCUUACCUCGAAAUAUUGUCCUUCUGCACUUAGAGAAGAAUGCAAUCAAAACAAUUGACAAGGAUGUCUUGACCCAGAUUAAGAAUCUGGAAUACUUGCUGCUUCACAAUAACAAAAUAAAGGCCAAUGGGAUUGAUCCAUUGGCUUUUCAUGGCCUGAAGAAGUUGCACACUGUCCACCUGUACAACAAUCAACUGGACAGGAUUCCCAAUGGGCUGCCCAGGCGAGUGAAAACUCUGAUGCUUCUUCACAACCAGAUCUCAGAAAUUAACAGGAAUGAUUUUGCUUACACUUAUUUUAUGGAUGAUCUAAACCUGAGUUAUAAUAAAAUAACCAGCUCAAAGAUUAAUCGGGAGGCCUUCCGCAAACUAAGACUGCUUAAAUCUUUGGAUCUUUCAGGCAAUAAUCUCUACACCUUGCCUUAUGGCUUCCCAAAAAACUUGCUCAGCCUUAAACUGAAAGUAAAUGAGAUCAGCUCCAUUCCUAGGGGGACACUAUCUGGAAUGUCAAAGCUACAGGAGCUCUACCUCAGCAACAACAGGCUAAAAGUCAGUUCAAUUCACAGUGAAUCGUGGAGGGAUCUCACCUCUCUUAAGAUAUUAGACAUGGCUAGCAAUCAACUGAUGGCUAUUCCAUAUGAUUUACCCAGAUCUCUAGAAUAUUUGUAUCUUCAGAACAACAAAAUCACUACAGUGCCAGAGGAUGCCUUUGAUUCCACACCCAACAUAAAGGGAAUUUAUCUCAGGUUUAACAAGAUUGCUUUUAAUGCUGUAAAGGAAAGCACAUUCCAAAGACUGAAGUAUCUGCAAGUGCUGGAUAUUGAAGGAAACUUUGAAUUCAGUGAUCCUUUGAAGAAUGGGGAUAAUUCAGAUGAAGAAAUUGAAGAUGAAGAAGAGGGAGAACAGGAUGUAGAGGAAAAAUGAAUAUAGACAUUGACUAAAUCAAGGAUAUCACAUGGUAGAAAAUUACUUUUAAUUGUCUGGAGGCAAGCAGUAGUUGUACUGUCUUUUAAUUGGAUCCAAACUUCAAUGGAAACUCCAGCUAAUAUAUAAAAAUCAAAUCAUGGCUUAUCCUAGGAGUUGGUAAACUAGCAAAUGGGAUACAAAUUUGUGCAUGUGUAAUUAUAAUUUGUGGGGGUCACAAGGUAAGCCAGGUUUUUUAAGAGUAAUAGUGAUAGCUAUACAAACAUACCCAUGUGGCUUUCUGCUGAACACAGUGCUGGUCACAUGGUACCACAGGUUGUUAUGCAUUGUCUGUGCUUCUGCCAUUUUCUAUUCUGAAUCUUACCAUUCAGAUGUACAUUCAGUGAACAAUCAAAUUAUGGGAUACUGUGGGAUCUUCAGCAAUAAUAUGUACAAUGUUGACUCCCUUUUUUUCCCUGGCAAGAAGGAUCAUAUAGUUAACAGCUGUACGAUGGUGAAAAUUCAAUAGGUAUAGAUUCCCCUUUUCCUGAAAAGCUUAUCUGUCAUGAAGUGUCUGAAGGAGCAGGAACUUGGUACCCAGACUCUGCAUCCCUCCCAUGGUUAUCCUGGGUCACACUGCUCUUGCAUGUACAGCUACAGUCAACUUUUCCUGUUCCUUUGGGCUGUUUGCUUUUUGGGAGUCUUUUGUAUAACUGAUUUUUUUUACUGCUUGCCUCCCAUAAUUUCUCAUCCCGUUUCCAAGCAUUCUUUGAAUCUGAACAUAGCUCAUGCAUUCAAUUAUUUUUUUUCUGUCACUAUAUCCUGGCUUCUCAAUCAACCUUUUCUCUGCUAAACAAAGAAUUGCUCUCUGUGUGAUCUUGUGAAGUUUCAGAGCAUGAUCAUCACGUACCUGUGUCUGGUUUGGCUGAAGUGCCUUUCUUUGGCCUCAGGCAGAAAGGAGCAGGGAUUGAGCUCCACUCCAGAAGAAGAGUUUGGAUUUACACCUCCUUUAUCUCCUGUAAGGAGAUUCUUAGGGGCUUAUAAACUCCUUUCCCUUCCUCUCCCCACAGUAGGCACUUUGUGAGGCAGGUGGGGCUGAG